AUGAGUCGUGCUGCUUACUAUGGAAGUAAAGGUAGAUACUCUAAGGCAAUUCUGAAUUGCAAUGAGGCGAUCAAAAUUCUGCCUAGCAGUGCGCGAGCUUAUUUUUACCGAGGAACUUUAAAGUAUCAGAAUAAGACCUUUAAAGCUGCAAUUGAAGAUCUUUCAAAAACUAUUGACCUCAACAAAACCUGCAUUUUGGCAUAUUAUAGCAGAGCCGUCUGUUAUCAUCAAAUAAAGGACUUCAAAAAAGCCUUGAAAGAUUAUGGAAUUCUUCUUCUGCUUGAAUUGAGUAAGGAAAUAGCUUUCAAAGUGUUAAUUAAUCGUGGACUACUCUACGUGGAACUUGGUGAUUAUACUAAUGCAUGUGAGGACUUUAAAGAAGCAACGUUGCUUAGUCCAUAUGAUAGCCAGGUCUUUCAAGCUAUUGGAAUCUGCUAUCAUAGACUUAAUGAGUUUGAAGAAGCUGUGAGAUCAUUUGACCAGGCUCUCAAACUAGAUCCUGUUUCUGUGGAUGCCUAUGUUGGACGAGGAAAUUCGUACAUGGAAAAUGGACAUGAGGCUGGUUGUAAACAAGCACAGAAAGAUUUCUUGAGAGCAAUUCACCUGAAUCCAAAGUGUAUAAAAGCCAGAAUUUGCUUAGGAUACAACUUUAAGGCCCUUGGAAAGCUUCAGAGAGCAUGGAGCCAAUUUACAGUUGCCAUUUGCAUUGAUUCAAAAUGCCAUGCUGCAUAUGAUGGACGAGCUUCAGUCUGUCUUCAAAUGGGUGAAACUUUUGCUGCAUUUCAAGAUAUAAAUGCCGCACUAAAGCUCACUACCACUGCUCCACUGCUAACAAAUCGGGGUGUCAUCAGUCAGUUAAUGGGAUAUCUACCCUGUGCCAUGAAGGACUAUCAACAAGCAAUUUCUGUUGACCCAAACUAUGCAUUAGCCUAUUUCAAUGCAGCAAAUAUCUACUUCCAUAAUCGACAGUUUUCACAAGCCUAUUGCUAUUAUUCAAAGGUAUUACAAAUUGACCCAAGAAAUGAAUCUGCUGUUAUGAAUCGUGCUAUUACAAAUGCAUUACUAAACAAUAUUGAAGAAGCAAAAGAAGACUUUGAGAAGGCAAUUUGUCUCUGCCCAUUCUCUGCAGCAGUGUAUUUUAACAGGGCAAAUUUCUAUUAUGGAUUGAAGCAAUAUGAACUAGCUGAGAAAGACAUUUCAACGGAUAUGAAGCCAGCUUGGGAGGAGAAGGAGGAAGAAGCACUGCAGCAAAAGGAUAUCUGGGCUGCGAUGCCAGCUGGUGUCUGCACUGGGGAGGCAGGGAGCAGUGGGAAGAAGAGGGGGUUGGCAGAGGGGCUGUCGGCACCAAUUUACAGCAUGACUGCCAUGAAGAGGAAGGCCUCCCAGUCAAGGGAGGAUGGUGAGAGCAACUAUCCCCGCAGCUCCCUGAAACCAGACUCGUUCUGCUGGGAGCACCACCCGCAGCAGACCGUGGAGGUGCUUCAGGAGGAGGAUACUACAUGCAUUAUCUUCAUGGAACUGGUGGAGGACAGGACCUCCUAA